GGAACCUCUGAAGGAGCAAGUGUCAAGGGGGAGAAGGGCGAGUCUGGAGUCCCAGGAGAAAAAGGAGAGAGAGGAGACCCUGGUCAGCCGGGUGACGAGGGGGCCGGCGGGAUGAAAGGACAAAAAGGUGAUGUUGGCCCUCCUGGUCCUCCUGGUCCUGUGAUGACAGCUCACGGAUUAAGACAGCUCUCUGGAACUGAUGAAAUGAAGGAGAGGGCCCAAAAAGGAGAAAAGGGAGAUCAGGGAGAGAGAGGAGCUCAAGGACCGCAAGGCUUCAAGGGAAACACUGGGCUGCCGGGACUAAAGGGAGAUCAAGGACCAGAGGGGAAACAAGGCCUGCCUGGACCCACUGGACUCCCAGGACUCCCAGGCGAGCUAGGCUCGUCAGGGGAAGCAGGGGUGCCUGGGAGAGAUGGCCUGAAAGGAGAAAAGGGGGACUCUGGUGGAGUGAUGGGGCCACAGGGACCCCCAGGUCCUAAGGGUGAGCCUGGAGAACCUGCAGGUGGAUAUAUGGGUGAUGGGUUGGCUCAAACUAGAGGGUCUCGCGGACCCAAGGGUGAGCGAGGCGUCCCAGGAUUGCCAGGAGAUCACGGUGAAAAAGGUGAACCUGGAGAGAGUGUCAUAGGCCCGCCUGGCCCCAUGGGACGGCCGGGAAAGCCGGGAAUUGAGGGCCCUCGUGGACCCCCAGGUUUAUCUGGUCCUCCUGGAGCUCCAGGGAGAGAGGGCACCCCUGGUAGACCAGGCCCUCCGGGCCCUGCUGGACCCCCAGGUGAACCAACUGCCCUGCCAAUCGUUGGAGACAUGGGUGCUUUACUUAAGAAUGCCUGCAGUGUGUGCCAGACGAGAGUCCCAGGGCUGCCUGGGCAGAAAGGAGAGAAGGGGUCCCCUGGAGCGCAAGGAGUAGAAGGCAUGGUGGGAGAAAAGGGAGAUCCAGGUGUAAGAGGUCCUACGGGUAACCCUGGGAAAGAAGGCCCAAAGGGAGUAAAGGGAGAGAGAGGGUUCCCAGGCCCUGCAGGAGAUAAAGGCGAUGAGGGACCCACAGGAGUACCAGGACUUCCUGGUGUGACUGGUCGUACAGGGGCCGCGGGGCUUAUGGGUAGACCUGGUCCCAUGGGCCAACCAGGAGGAAAAGGAGAAAAAGGAAAUGAAGGACCCCCAGGCAGACCAGGGCUUCCAGGGCCUCCGGGUGUACCCUAUGUGGAGGGCAACGGGAUGAGUAGUCUGUACAAGCUGCAGAGUGGUGGAGCUAUUUUAGGACCCCCUGGAGCUCCUGGUGCUCCGGGUCCCAAAGGAGAUGAAGGACCUGCAGGGGAGCAAGGGGCCAUGGGUUUACCCGGGCUGGAAGGGCUACCUGGUGCCAAGGGCGAUAUUGGUUUUCCUGGUCCAUCCGGGAUAGCAGGUCCUCAAGGGAAGCCCGGCACUCGUGGAGAGCCAGGGAUCCCAGGAGAGCCGGGUGAGAGGGGGCCGCUUGGAGAGACAGGAUUCCCAGGGCCCGAGGGACCCCAAGGUGUUGCUGGCAGACCUGGAAAAGACGGAACUCCUGGAUACAAGGGAGCUACAGGUAGAGCAGGGGACAGAGGAUCCAAAGGAGAACGUGGUGAUGCAGGGAUUCCCGGAGAAAGAGGUGUUCAAGGUGAGAGGGGUCGCCCAGGUGAUCCUGGCCCCGUUGGACCGAUCGGACCACAAGGCCAAAAAGGUGAUCCUGGCCCUCCAGGACAGCUGGACAGUGUAAAUCUCCGGGGUGAUCCCGGCUUCAUGGAGGAACUCAAAACGUUUAUUCGAAAUGAAGUAUUGAGGGUCCUUGAAGAGAAGCUGUCGAGCGCUGCCAUGCUUCAGAAGACACCUGCAGGCAUCUUAGCUUCACAGGUCCAAGGGCCUCCAGGACCUCCUGGCAAGGACGGAUUGCCAGGCCCGCCAGGAGAGCCUGGACCUCCUGGUCUUCAAGCAGAACUACGGUAUCUUAACUUUGGAAAGGGAGGAGUGUGUUACGUGUUGGUGCAGAUCAAGACACUGCAUCGGCCUUUCUCUUUAAGCUUUGGUACCGGGGUCAGAAAGGAGAACGAGGCCAGCUUGGUCUGGGGUUACCGGGAGAUCCAGGAGUCAUGGGGCCACCAGGCCCUCCUGGGAUCACCUCUUCAGGCCCUCCUGGCUCUCCAGGGCCCCGUGGACCUCCUGGGACGUGUGACCCCAGUGACUGCCUCCUUCCAUCCUUAUGAACCCAGCAGAGUGGUUUUGGGCUAG